CGGCGCUUGGUGUCCGUGGCGGAGGGCGCGGAGCCGGCGGGAGGGAGCUGCGCACCGACUCGAAAAUGGAUCCUAGUGGUGUAAAGGUGUUGGAAACAGCAGAAGAUAUCCAGGAAAGGCGUCAGCAGGUUCUGGACCGUUACCACAGGUUCAAGGAGCUGUCUUCUCUGAGGCGCCAAAAGCUCGAGGAUUCCUACCGAUUCCAGUUCUUCCAGCGUGAUGCAGAUGAGCUGGAGAAAUGGAUCCAAGAGAAGCUGCAGAUAGCAUCUGAUGAAAAUUACAAAGACCCGAGCAACUUGCAGGGGAAGCUGCAGAAGCACCAAGCCUUUGAAGCUGAGGUGCAGGCCAAUUCAGGGGCUAUUGUCAAGCUGGAUGAGACUGGAAAUCAGAUGAUCAAUGAAAGUCAUUUUGCAUCUGAAACCAUACGAACUCGGCUGCAGGAGCUGCAUCGGCUAUGGGAGUUACUGCUGGAGAAGAUGAGGGAGAAGGGAGUCAAACUGCUGCAAGCACAGAAACUGGUGCAAUACUUGAGGGAGUGUGAGGAUGUCUUGGACUGGAUCAAUGACAAGGAGGCAAUAGUGACCUCAGAAGAGCUUGGCCAGGAUUUGGAGCACGUUGAGGUUUUGCAAAAGAAGUUUGAAGAGUUCCAGACAGACCUUGCAGCUCACGAGGAAAGAGUAAAUGAAGUGAACCAAUUUGCUGGCAAACUUAUCCAGGAGCUACACCCUGAAGAGGAACUGAUCAAGUCCAAACAAGAUGAAGUAAAUGCAAGCUGGCAGCGUCUGAAGGGGCUUGCCCUGCAGAGGCAAGGAAAACUCUUUGGGGCAGCUGAAGUUCAGCGCUUCAACAGGGAUGUGGAUGAAACAAUCAGCUGGAUUAAGGAGAAAGGGCAGUUGAUGGCCUCGGAUGAUUUUGGCAGAGAUCUGGCCAGUGUGCAGGCUUUGUUGCGCAAGCACGAAGGGCUGGAGCGAGACCUUGCAGCUCUGGAAGACAAGGUGAAGGCCCUGUGUGCAGAAGCUGACCGCCUACAGCAGUCCCACCCCAUCAAUGCCUCUCAGAUCCAAGUGAAGCGUGAGGAGCUGAUAGCCAACUGGGAGCAGAUCCGCACCCUGGCAGCAGAGCGCCACGCUCGCCUCAAUGACUCCUACAGGCUGCAGCGAUUUCUCGCAGACUUCCGGGACCUCACCAGCUGGGUGACUGAGAUGAAAGCUCUGAUAAAUGCUGAUGAACUUGCCAAUGAUGUGGCUGGAGCAGAAGCCCUCCUAGAUAGACAUCAGGAACACAAGGGAGAAAUUGAUGCCCAUGAGGAUAGCUUCAAAUCUGCUGAUGAAUCUGGCCAGGCCUUGCUUGGUGCUGGGCACUAUGCUUCUGAUGAAGUUAAAGAAAAGCUGACCAUCCUCUCAGAUGAGAGGUCUGCCCUGCUGGAGCUGUGGGAGCUUCGCAGACAGCAGUAUGAGCAGUGCAUGGACCUGCAGCUUUUCUACAGAGACACUGAACAAGUUGACAACUGGAUGAGCAAACAAGAGGCAUUUCUGCUGAAUGAAGACCUUGGUGACUCUCUGGAUAGUGUGGAGGCCCUUUUAAAGAAGCAUGAAGACUUUGAGAAAUCCCUCAGUGCCCAAGAGGAGAAAAUCACAGCUUUAGACGAGUUUGCUACGAAGUUGAUUCAGAACAACCACUAUGCCAUGGAUGAUGUUGCUACACGCAGAGAUGCUCUGCUGAGCCGCCGGAAUGCCCUCCAUGAGCGAGCGAUGCACCGCCGUGCCCAGCUGGCAGACUCCUUCCAUCUGCAGCAGUUCUUCCGGGACUCUGACGAGCUCAAGAGCUGGGUUAAUGAAAAGAUGAAGACUGCAACAGAUGAGGCAUACAAGGAUCCAUCAAACCUGCAAGGCAAGGUUCAGAAGCAUCAGGCUUUUGAAGCAGAGCUUUCUGCUAACCAGAGCCGCAUCGAUGCCCUGGAGAAGGCUGGCCAGAAGCUGAUCGAUGUCAGUCACUAUGCCUCUGAUGAGGUUGCAGCUCGCAUGAACGAAGUGAUCAGCUUAUGGAAGAAGCUUCUGGAGGCCACUGAGCUCAAAGGUAUAAAACUGCGUGAAGCCAAUCAACAGCAGCAGUUUAAUCGCAACGUGGAAGACAUUGAGCUGUGGCUGUAUGAGGUAGAGGGACACUUGGCUUCUGAUGAUUAUGGAAAAGACCUUACCAGUGUUCAGAAUCUUCAGAAGAAACAUGCUCUGCUGGAGGCAGAUGUUGCUGCCCAUCAGGAUCGCAUCGAUGGCAUCACCAUCCAGGCACGCCAGUUCCAGGACGCUGGGCAUUUCGAUGCAGACAACAUCAAGAAGAAGCAGGAAGCUCUGGUGGCUCGUUACGAGGCGCUGAAGGAUCCCAUGGUGGCUCGCAAGCAGAAGCUCGCUGAUUCCCUUCGCCUGCAGCAGCUGUUCCGGGACAUCGAGGAUGAGGAGACCUGGAUCAGGGAAAAGGAGCCCAUUGCAGCUUCCACAAACCGAGGCAAGGACUUAAUUGGUGUCCAGAAUCUGCUGAAGAAGCACCAGGCGUUGCAGGCUGAAAUUGCAGGCCACGAGCCCCGCAUUAAAGCAGUCACACAGAAGGGAAAUGCCAUGGUGGAGGAGGGACACUUUGCAGCUGAGGAUGUGAAAAUCAAAUUGAAUGAGCUGAACCAGAAGUGGGACUCUCUGAAAGCAAAAGCGUCUCAGCGGCGGCAGGAUCUAGAGGAUUCCCUGCAAGCUCAGCAGUACUUUGCUGAUGCUAAUGAGGCAGAAUCCUGGAUGAGGGAAAAGGAACCCAUUGUAGGCAGCACAGACUAUGGAAAAGAUGAAGACUCUGCUGAGGCUUUGCUCAAGAAACAUGAAGCUUUGAUGUCUGACCUCUCUGCUUAUGGCAGCAGUAUCCAGGCGCUGAGGGAGCAGGCCCAGUCAUGCAGGCAACAAGUUGCUCCCACAGAUGAUGAAACUGGAAAAGAGCUAGUCCUGGCGCUCUAUGAUUACCAGGAGAAGAGUCCCCGAGAGGUGACUAUGAAGAAGGGAGAUAUCCUCACUUUACUCAACAGCACCAACAAGGACUGGUGGAAAGUUGAAGUCAACGAUCGUCAGGGCUUUGUGCCAGCUGCCUACGUGAAAAAGCUGGACCCUGCCCAGUCUGCAUCCCGGGAGAACUUGCUGGAAGAGCAGGGCAGCAUUGCGCUGCGCCAGGAGCAGAUCGACAACCAGACUCUCAUAACUAAGGAAGUCGGCAGUGUCUCUCUGCGUAUGAAACAGGUGGAAGAACUGUACCACUCCCUGCUGGAGCUGGGAGAGAAGCGCAAAGGCAUGCUGGAGAAGAGCUGCAAAAAGUUCAUGCUGUUCCGUGAGGCAAAUGAGCUCCAGCAGUGGAUCAAUGAGAAGGAGGCUGCCCUCACCAGUGAGGAAGUGGGAGCUGAUCUGGAGCAGGUGGAGGUGCUGCAGAAGAAAUUUGAUGACUUUCAGAAGGAUCUGAAAGCCAACGAGUCGCGUUUGAAGGACAUCAACAAGGUUGCGAAUGACCUGGAGUCGGAAGGGCUGAUGGCAGAUGAAGUGCAAGCAGUACAGCAACAGGAAGUCUAUGGAGUGAUGCCCAGGGAUGAACCUGACUCCAAGUCAGCCUCUCCAUGGAAGUCGGCGCGGCUGAUGGUGCACUCGGUGGCAACAUUCAACUCGAUCAAGGAGCUGAAUGAACGCUGGAGAUCGCUGCAACAGUUAGCAGAGGAGCGAAGCCAGCUCUUGGGCAGUGCCCAUGAGGUGCAGAGAUUCCACAGAGAUGCUGAUGAAACAAAAGAAUGGAUAGAGGAGAAGAAUCAGGCCUUAAAUACAGACAACUAUGGACAUGACCUGGCCAGUGUGCAGGCUCUGCAGCGCAAACAUGAAGGCUUUGAGAGAGAUUUGGCAGCUCUUGGAGACAAGGUGAAUUCUCUUGGUGAAACUGCCCAGCGUCUGAUCCAGUCACACCCAGAAUCUGCUGAAGAUCUCCAGGAGAAGUGCACGGAGCUGAACCAGGCCUGGAGCAGCCUGGGCAAGCGAGCAGACCAGCGCAAGGAGAAGCUGGGGGACUCGCACGACCUGCAGCGUUUCCUCAGCGACUUCAGGGACCUCAUGUCUUGGAUCAACGGAAUCCGGGGCCUGGUCUCCUCAGAUGAACUUGCAAAGGAUGUGACUGGAGCUGAAGCUUUACUGGAAAGGCACCAGGAGCACCGCACUGAAAUAGAUGCAAGGGCUGGCACUUUCCAGGCGUUUGAACAGUUUGGGCAGCAGCUCCUUGCCCAUGGGCACUAUGCCAGCCCUGAGAUCAAGGAGAAGCUGGAUAUCCUGGAUCAAGAGCGAACAGACCUGGAGAAGGCCUGGGUCCAGCGCAGGAUGAUGCUGGACCAGUGCCUAGAGCUGCAGCUGUUUCAUCGAGACUGUGAACAAGCUGAAAACUGGAUGGCAGCCCGAGAGGCUUUCCUGAACACAGAGGACAAAGGAGACUCCUUGGACAGUGUAGAGGCACUCAUCAAGAAGCACGAGGACUUCGAUAAGGCAAUCAAUGUCCAGGAAGAGAAGAUUGCUGUCCUGCAGUCCUUUGCUGACCAGCUGAUCUCUGCCGAUCACUAUGCCAAGGGAGUCAUUGCCAGCAGGCGGAAUGAGGUUCUGGACAGGUGGCUCCGUCUGAAGGCUCAGAUGAUUGAGAAGAGAUCAAAGCUAGGAGAAUCCCAGACACUCCAGCAGUUCAGUCGUGAUGUGGAUGAAAUAGAAGCUUGGAUCAGUGAGAAGCUCCAAACUGCCAGUGAUGAGUCAUACAAGGAUCCCACAAAUAUCCAGCUUUCCAAACUGCUGAGCAAGCACCAGAAGCACCAAGCCUUCGAGGCCGAGCUGCACGCCAACGCAGACCGAAUCCGCGGAGUCAUCGACAUGGGCAACUCCCUCAUCGAGAGGGGAGCCUGUGCAGGCAGCGAGGACGCAGUCAAGGCACGGCUUGCUGCCCUGGCUGACCAGUGGCAGUUCCUGGUGCAGAAGUCGGCAGAGAAGAGUCAGAAACUGAAAGAAGCCAACAAGCAGCAGAACUUCAAUACUGGGAUCAAGGACUUUGAUUUCUGGCUUUCGGAGGUGGAGGCUUUGUUGGCAUCUGAAGAUUAUGGGAAAGACCUGGCAUCAGUUAACAACCUUCUGAAGAAACACCAAUUGCUGGAGGCUGAUAUCUCAGCUCAUGAGGACCGCCUGAAGGACCUGAACAGCCAGGCUGACAGCCUGAUGACCAGCAGUGCCUUCGACACCUCCCAGGUGAAGGACAAGCGCGAGACCAUCAACGGCCGCUUCCAGCGCAUCCAGGGCAUGGCCGCGGCACGCCGCGCCAAGCUCAACGAGUCCCACCGCCUGCACCAGUUCUUCAGGGACAUGGACGAUGAGGAGUCCUGGAUCAAAGAGAAGAAGCUGCUGGUUAGCUCUGAGGACUAUGGCAGAGACCUGACUGGGGUGCAGAACCUCAGAAAGAAGCACAAGCGCUUGGAAGCAGAGCUGGCUGCCCAUGAACCUGCUAUCCAGGGUGUUCUGGACACCGGCAAGAAGCUUUCAGAUGACAACACGAUUGGGAAGGAGGAGAUACAGCAGAGGCUGGCUCAGUUUGUGGAUCACUGGAAGGAGCUGAAACAGCUGGCAGCUGCUAGGGGGCAGCGUCUGGAGGAGUCUCUGGAGUACCAGCAGUUUGUAGCGAACGUUGAGGAAGAGGAAGCCUGGAUCAAUGAGAAGAUGACGCUGGUGGCCAGUGAGGACUAUGGGGACACCCUUGCUGCCAUCCAGGGCUUGCUGAAGAAGCACGAAGCCUUCGAGACUGAUUUCACUGUGCACAAGGACAGGGUGAACGAUGUCUGUGCCAAUGGGGAGGAGCUCAUCAAAAAGAACAACCACCAUGAGGAGAACAUCACUGCCAAGAUGAAGGGGCUCAGAGGGAAGGUGUCAGAUCUGGAGAAAGCAGCAGCUCAGAGGAAAGCCAAACUGGAUGAGAACUCUGCCUUCCUCCAGUUCAACUGGAAAGCAGAUGUGGUGGAGUCAUGGAUAGGUGAGAAGGAAAACAGCCUGAAGACAGAUGACUACGGGCGUGACCUCUCCUCUGUGCAGACACUGCUUACCAAGCAGGAAACUUUCGAUGCUGGGCUUCAGGCCUUCCAGCAGGAAGGAAUUGCAAACAUCACUGCUCUGAAGGACCAGCUGCUGGCGGCCAAGCACAUCCAGUCCAAGGCCAUUGAGGCUCGGCACGCGUCCCUGAUGAAGCGCUGGAAUCAGCUGCUGGCCAACUCUGCUGCCAGGAAAAAGAAACUCUUGGAGGCUCAGGAGCACUUCAGAAAGGUUGAGGAUCUGUUCCUGACUUUUGCAAAGAAGGCAUCAGCCUUUAACAGCUGGUUUGAGAAUGCCGAGGAGGACCUGACAGACCCUGUGCGCUGCAACUCGCUGGAAGAGAUCAAAGCGCUGCGGGAAGCUCAUGACGCCUUCCGCUCUUCCCUGAGCUCUGCCCAGGCUGACUUCAACCAGCUGGCAGAACUGGACCGUCAGAUCAAGAGCUUCAGGGUGGCCUCCAAUCCCUACACCUGGUUCACUAUGGAGGCUCUUGAAGAAACCUGGAGGAACCUGCAGAAAAUUAUCAAGGAGCGGGAGCUGGAGCUGCAGAAGGAGCAGCGAAGGCAGGAGGAAAAUGACAAACUGCGGCAGGAGUUUGCCCAGCACGCCAACGCCUUCCACCAGUGGAUCCAGGAGACCAGGACUUACCUGCUAGAUGGCAUAGCCUACCGCCGCGUCAUUCGCGUCUAUCAGUAUGAAGUUGGGGAUGAUCUAUCUGGAAGGUCGUGUAUGGUGGAGGAAUCAGGAACUCUGGAGUCGCAGCUAGAAGCUACUAAACGCAAGCACCAGGAGAUCCGAGCAAUGCGGAGCCAGCUGAAGAAGAUUGAGGACCUUGGAGCUGCCAUGGAAGAGGCACUCAUCCUGGACAACAAAUACACUGAGCACAGCACCGUGGGCCUGGCACAGCAGUGGGACCAGCUGGACCAGCUGGGGAUGAGGAUGCAGCACAACCUGGAGCAGCAGAUCCAGGCUCGAAACACAACUGGAGUCACUGAGGAGGCCCUGAAGGAGUUCAGCAUGAUGUUCAAGCACUUUGACAAGGACAAAUCUGGGCGACUCAAUCACCAGGAGUUCAAGUCUUGCUUGCGCUCCCUCGGCUACGACCUGCCCAUGGUUGAAGAAGGGGAGCCAGACCCUGAGUUUGAGUCCAUUCUUGACACUGUAGAUCCCAACAGGGAUGGACACGUCUCGCUGCAGGAGUACAUGGCCUUCAUGAUCAGCAGGGAAACAGAGAACGUCAAGUCCAGCGAGGAGAUCGAGAGCGCCUUCCGCGCCCUCAGCUCCGAGGGGAAGCCCUAUGUGACCAAGGAGGAGCUCUACCAGAACCUGACCAGGGAACAAGCCGACUACUGCAUUUCCCACAUGAAGCCGUACAUGGACGGCAAGGGCCGAGAGCUGCCCUCUGCCUACGACUACAUCGAGUUCACACGCUCGCUCUUUGUGAACUGACCUGAAACACCACUGCCAGGAGGUGCAAGGAACAUGCUCACCUCUGGCUGUAGCUCUGCAUGUGUCUGUGUGCUCUACAAUAAUCGAUGUUACUUUAUGAUGUAACCUUAAACUGCUUGGCUUAAAACUUAGGGAAAACGAGUAUCUUGCAGUGUGCUUCAAUAAAGUUCCUGGUUGAACCACA